AAAUGACAGUCCAAGAAACCUUACACCAACUACUCCUACACUAAUUAGGUACACUGAACAUACGAUCCAGUUUCACUGCACCACCAAUGAAAAUUUUUGCAAGAUACAAGCACAACGGAACGAUAUUCUUCAAGAGAAAGUCAUCCCAUCAGAGCCUGGAGCACGUGAUUCCCAGGAACUCAACGAGGAGCGGCAGAUCAAGGUCUCUGAUUCCUCGCAACUUUCUGUAAUCCCACGCGUGCAGUCUCAAAUCUGGAACCCUAUCCCUCUGGAAGCAAAUCACCAUAGUUAUAAAGUGGCUUCUUCUGUACUCCAGCCAAGCAUGUUUAACUACGAACGUCCAAAACACUUCAUCCAAUCCCAAAACCUGUGUGGCUCCAGAGUGCAGACUCCUGGACCUGAAACUUCCAGCUUUUCCAGCCAGACCAAACAGUCUUCUAUCAUCAUCCAGCCAAGCCAGGGCACAGAGCAAAGGUUUUCUGCCUCCUCAACAGUGAGCUCUCAUAUCACUAUGUCCUCCUCUGCUUUCCCUGCAUCUCCUCAGCAGCCUGCAGGCCCCAACCCUGGCCAGAGGGUAACAGCGACUUACAACCAAUCCCCAGCCAGCUUCCUCAGCUCCAUAUUACCAUCACAGCCCGAUUACAGUAGCAGUAAAACCCCUUCCACUGUGGAUUACAACUAUCAACAACCUUCAUUUCGCCAGUCUGUAAAUGCUACACCAUCACAAAGUGCAAAUGCUAAGCCUGCACCAAGGACUCCUGACCAUGAAAUACAAGGAUCAAAAGAAGCUCUAAUUCAAGAUUUAGAGAGAAAACUAAAAUGCAAGGAUAGUCUUCUUCACAAUGGAAAUCAAAGAUUAACAUACGAGGAGAAGAUGGCUCGAAGAUUACUAGGACCACAGAAUGCAGCUGCUGUUUUUCAAGCUCAAAAUGACGGUGAAGCCCAAGAUUCACCACAGCAGCACAAUGCAGAACAUGCACGACUGCAAGUUCCUAUGUCACAAGUAAGAAGUAGACCAUCUUCAAGGGGAGAUGUGAAUGAUCAAGACGCAAUUCAAGAGAAAUUUUACCCUCCUCGUUUCAUUCAAGUGCCAGAGAACAUGUCAAUUGAAGAAGGAAGAUUCUGCAGAAUGGACUUCAAAGUGAGUGGACUGCCUGUUCCUGAUGUGUCAUGGUAUCUAAAUGGAAGACCAGUUUACUCAGAUGAAUUUCACAAAAUGAUAGUGUCUGAGAAGGGCUUCCAUUCACUCAUCUUUGAAGUAGUCAGAGUUUCAGAUGCAGGGACGUAUACAUGUGUCGCCAAGAACAGAGCAGGAGAGGCUAACUUCACUGUGCAGCUGGAAGUCCCAGCAAAAGAACACAGAAGAGCACCAAUGUUUAUCUAUAAACCACAGAGCAAAAAAGUUUUUGAGGGAGAAUCGGCAAAGCUAGAAUGCCAAGUUUCAGCUAUACCGCCACCAAAGAUUUUCUGGAAAAGAAAUAAUGAAAUGGUACGCUUCAACACUGAUCGAAUAAGCUUAUAUCAUGAUAACACAGGAAGAAUUACUCUGCUGAUAAAUGAUGUAACCAAGAAAGAUGCUGGUUGGUAUACUGUGUCUGCAGUUAAUGAAGCUGGAGUGAUCACAUGUAACACAAGAUUAGAUGUUACAGAACGUCCAAACCAGAAUCUUCCAGCUCCUAAGCAGUUACGUGUUCGACCAACAUUCAGCAAAUACUUAGCACUAAAUGGGAAAGGUUUGGACGUAAAACAAGCUUUUAAUCCUGAAGGAGAAUUUCAGCGUCUGGCAGCUCAAUCUGGACUCUAUGAAAGUGAAGAACUUUAAGUUUAUCAACAUAGGAAAACACAACAACUACACUAUUAAUAUAUAUCCAAUUAAAGUUUUUGAAAUAAGUUCAUGGCUGUAUUAAAAGGCUAUAGCUUUAAUUAGGUAAUAUAAACUGAUACAUAUUUUUAAUAUUACUUAUCCUUUGACUCUUGCACUUCUAAGACAUCUACUUCUCUAGUUUGUUAAACCCACCAAAAAUCUGGAUAUCUGGAUUUGUAACUGUAAAAAACUAUAGUGAAAUGUGGGAUUUUUAACAGUAAAGUCAAAUGCACUUAAAAAUUAGAUUAUGAAUAUCAACUUUUUAAAUAUAUGUAAUGCUCAAAAGUUUUAUUAAUACUGCUUUCUAAAUACUGUAUACCUAUUUCUUCAUAGAAUACUAACAUGUAUAUGUUA